GACAAAAUAAACGGUUUACUUUCUCCUUGAAGCAGCACAAACGAAAAACAAGAAUGAAGCCGAAGAAGAACAAAGAGAUGGCCGUUAAAGCUUCCUCAAGAUCAAUAUCUGCAACAGAGGCACUGGUUGUCCACCUGAUUUGUGGCUUAGGAUUAACUGUAGCUUUCUGGGUGGCCCAUAAUGUCCACUCCGUCAACCUCACCACCCAUCCUUCUCAUACCCUUCGUCUGAUCUGCGUUUUUGAGUGCCCAAUUGUGAUCCUUCUUUACAGCCGAUACAGGAAGGACCGUGAACGAUGCUCCUAUUUGAAAGCUGUAGGACGUGGCCUACUGGGACUUCCUGCUGGGGCUCUGGUAAAUGCAUUGGGAGCAAUUGCCUUGGGCGCACCCGCUGGAAUCCAGUAUCUACCAAAGACCAUUAACUGGUCUCUAGUGAUGUCAUUGUUCACCAUUGUGCCUGCAGCUUCUGUUUUUGGUUCAUCAUGGAUGGAUUGGCAACGCAUAUUUGCAUGUACAAAAGCUAUUGACCCUGUAGAUUAUAUGAUUUGUAUACCAGCACAUGGAGUUAUUAUUGGUGCUUGGUUUGGAGCUUUUCCAAUGCCGCUUGACUGGGAACGCCCAUGGCAGGAAUGGCCCAUUUGUGUGAGUUAUGGAGCUAUUGCUGGGUACCUGGUUGCAAUGGUGGCAUCAUUUGGCUUUAUACUUAUGAGGCAGCAUGUCAAAGGAGACUAAAGAAGCGGGAUGUUCGAAUAUUUUUUGCAGCAGUCUGUGUAGGAAUUUUGGGCAAUUAUUUUUUAACUUUUUGGUAGAAGCAACUUUUAUUUUUGCUCAAUUUAGGAAAAGUGACAUUAGAGAAAGAUAUGGAAUGAAAGACUUUUUUUUUUCCCUGA